AUGGUUGAAUCUGAUCCCAACACUAUCCGUAUCCUUCUAACUACAGACAACCAUGUGGGGUACAAAGAAAACGAUCCUAUCAUCGGAGAUGAUUCUUGGAAGACAUUCCAUGAGAUCACCACUAUAGCCAAAGACCAUAACGUUGAUAUGAUAGUACAAGGAGGAGACCUAUUCCAUGUUAAUAAACCGUCUAAGAAAUCAUUGUAUCAUGUGAUAAAGUCAUUGCGUAUGAAUUGUAUGGGUGAUAGACCUUGCGAGUUGGAAUUACUAAGUGAUCCAAGUGCUGUAUUUGACAAUGGAUUUGAUACAGUUAACUAUGAGGACCCGAAUUUAAAUAUCUCCAUACCUGUGUUUGCCAUUAGCGGGAAUCAUGAUGAUUCCUCCGGGGAAGGGCUCCUACUGCCAUUGGAUGUUCUUUCUGCCUCCGGGUUGGUAAAUCAUUUUGGGAAGGUGGUCAAUAAUGAAGAUAUAGUGGUUAAUCCUGUACUUCUCCAGAAGGGUACCACCAAGUUAGCUCUUUAUGGGAUGGGGAACGUUAGAGACGAACGAUUGGCCCGAACUUUUAGAGAUGGCCAUGUUAAGUUCCUAAGACCAAACGUAUACACUGAAGAAUGGUUUAACUUAUUUACCAUUCAUCAAAACCAUGUACCCCAUGGGAAGACGGCAUACAUUCCAGAAGUCUUCCUUCCGAGGUUUCUUGAUUUUGUUUAUUGGGGUCAUGAGCAUGAAUGUAUGGGCCAACCAAUCUUGAAUCCCGAAACUGGGUUUGAUGUUCUCCAAGCAGGUUCUUCCGUGGCCACUUCAUUAUCUGAAGGUGAGGUUCCGGAUAAACAUGUAUACAUUCUUAAUGUUAAGGGUAAGGCCUAUACCAUUGAACCGGUGAAAUUGAAGACAAUUCGACCCUUUGUAAUGAAGGAUAUAGUUUUGAAAUGGUCUAACUUACUCCCUGGAGAAUCUUCUAGAGCUGACGUCACUCAAUAUCUUGUCAAUGAAACAGAACGACUCAUUGAAGAAGCCAAUAACAAGUAUAUUGGCUCCAAUAAGGAGUUAUUUGACCAAAUAGACCCUGAACUACAACACAAAUACGUCCCACUCCCUUUAAUACGUAUAAGGGUUGAUUACUCUGGAGGAUAUGAGUUUGAAAAUGCUGUGAGAUUCUCCAAUAGAUUUGUUAACCGAAUAGCCAAUAUUGGUGAUGUAGUGAGCUUCAUUAAGAAGCGUGAACCUUCAGCAGCAGCUCCUGUGUCCAAGACAAAAUUCAUGGAUAACGUGGGAGAUGACUCUUCUCUGGUGAUAAGCAAUCCACCAGAAGCAGUGCUACAGGAGCUUAUUGAUCUGUUCCUUAAACAGACAGAGCUAGCUAUUAUACCUGAGAAUGGGAUUCACAACGCAGUGGAGAAGUACAUUGAACAGAAUGAUAAGAACUCGUUGGAGAAGUACGUGAAGCAAGAGAUCAAGAAUGGUACAAGGUCUAUUCUACUGCUUGAAGUCGAUAAGAAUUUUAGUGAACUGGGUGUCUAUGCUAAGGAUGUGCUUAAGGAUGUUCUUGCGAAGCUCAAGGUUAACAGGCAAAAGACAGAAAUCAUUGAUAAUGAUAAUGAUGAUGAUGAUGAUGAUGACGAUGAUGUUAGGGAUAUGAAGCCAUCCAUUAUAGAAAAGGCUCCCCUUCCAAACAGGAAAAGACGAACUUCAAAGAAAGUAGAAGUUGUUGCCAGCAGUAGUGAAGAUGAAGAUGUUCCAGAAGACGUUGAUGUUGGUGAUGAUUCAGAAGACGAAUUUGUAGUUGACGAAGAUGACGAACAGGAUGAAGAUGAAGGUGAUGGGCAUAAUGAAGUUGUAUCUGAUAGUGAGGAAGAAAAGCCGAAGAAAAGAGCAGCUAGAACAAAACCAGCAACUCCAUCAAUAAAGAAAACCCCACCUGUUCGUCGUGAUAGAGGCAAGGCAACUUCAGGAACAAGUAGAACAAGCACCAGACGGUCAAAGGAGAAUGUUAGAAAGAAUGGUGGGAAAUCGGCAUUGCUCGAUAGCAUAUUGUCAAUUUAG